UGGAGAUAUCUCCCUCGGCAGCCAUGGGGAAGAAAAGGGACGAGGAUGGAGAGACCAAAGACAAAAAAACCAGAGCAUCAUGGACCACUGCUCAACUUGACCUACUCAUUUCUGUGAUGAAAGAGUAUGCGGAUGCUGCUAAAUUUCGUGGUCAGAAUGGAUGGACAAAAGAAGGAUGGAAUUCCAUGGUUAUACGCUUGAAUAACCAGUUUCCGAGAGCUAAUUUUAUUGUUUCUCAACUAAAAUUUAGAGAGCAGCGGUUGAAGAAAGAUUAUUUUAUUGUCAAAUCUAUUGUAGAGAAGAGUGGCCUUGGUUUUCAUUCUGUUACAAAAAUGCCAACAACCAUUGAUGAAAAAUGGGAUGAACUGAGCAAAGAACAACAGGAGUGGAGAUACAAAGCUUUCCCUUACUACGAUGAUUUGCAUGCAAUUUAUGAUGGUAAAACAGCAGAGGGGAAGGGUUGUAAGAGGACAACUGAUGUGGUUGAAGAGAAGUCGAGUCCGGCUACAGAUUUACCACGAGGGGAAAGCUUCACACAACAAGUUCUAGAUGCCGCUAGGCUUAAUUCGCCUAGUCCAACAUUACCGGCUCCAGGCUUUGAAGGUCAUAAUUACGAGUGGACUGAAGGCAUAUAUGGUGAGGAUGUUGAAGUAUUUCCUGCUAACAACACAGAACGUAUGGAGAAUAACAGUAGCCAAAUUCCCACUGAACACAUGAACACACUUCCUGACCCACCACCUAUGAAAAAGGCUAGGACAUCUAAAGGCAAUGAUGAAGGUAAGGCUAAGAGAGGCAAAGAAACAACGAUUGAAGAUCCGGUUGCUGUUAGAAAAGAAUAACUUAAAACUUAUGUGGAUGUAAAGACGAAACAAAUUGAGAGCUAUAGAGAAGUGAAAAUGGCGCAGAUGAAAAAAAAGAUAUUGACAAAGAUCCUUAUUGCAUUGCCAAUUGCAUUGUCAAACUUAAGACCGUACCAGAUCUCUCAGCAAGUGAACAUCUUAAGAUGAUCGAUUAUCUGAAAGGACAAAGAGUUGACCGUGAAAUCUUCAUGACAGUGGAGCAUGAUGUUGUUCUGGAGAUCCUCAAGCAAGUGCUUGGCCGUCAAAUUUAAAGCAAUAAUUCGUUCUAGUUAUUUUCGUGUGAAAAAUAAAAUUCUUUUACUCUAUUAUUGGUUUAUUGGUUCAUAUUACUUUAGUUUUGUGUUUUUGUAAAGAAAUAUCACCCUGUACUAUACCAUGAUU